GUUGUAUAAUUCCAUGAAAACCUCAAUUUAACUUAUCCCGUUUCGCUUACUCAAUGACAAUAUUGAUUGAAAUUUUGAACUGAGUGAGUCGUAUUCCGAUACGUAAAUUACAUAUGUUUUAACAUACAUUUAAUCAAGCACUGUUGCAGUCAAUAAAUAAGUGAUUUUAAAAUUAUGUGUAUCGUUGCAAUGAGAAAUAUUUUUUGUUUAACAGAUGAUUAUAUACCGAUGUCUUGAUUGGAUGAAAAAAUUACACUGAUUUUUGCUAAAAGUUCAAUACAUUCAUUUCCAUCAAAAUUACUGUAAAAAGCUGCGCAGAUACAAUUUCUGCUGUUCAAUUUUUUAAUAUUUGUUAAAUCGAAAGUAAAUUACGUGGAAAUAUCAAUAAGUUUUGUUAUUCUUACUAAUCAUACUUAGUUUUUUUAUAAUUUUCUUGGAUCGUUUUUUGUCAAUUUCCCGCUAAGUUUAUCUUCAUCUGAUUACAACACAAAAUAUACUACUGAUUGUUUGGAUAAUAUGUAGAUAUUGUAGAUAUACUCAUAUUACUUGUUAUUCUUAUCAGUAAUGAAUGUUAUGAUAUAUGAUGAUGUCGGAUCACGAUACAUGACUCUCAAACAAAUGAAGCAAUAUUUCAUGCAAUCUUGUACUUCAGUAGUGGUACAAGUAUAAGCAUUGUACAUAUAUAAUUAAGUAUCCGCGCACAUUUACUAAGAAAAUUGCUUUAUUUGAGUUUAAUACAUGUAGGGUGGCAACGGUGAACGGACCUAAAGAGAGUGCGCGACUAUUCGGUUAUUUUCUCGAGCUUGAGACCGAUUCAACAGUCCAACUCUUGCUAGUUCAGUGUUCAAAUCAAACGCGAAAGCGCGUGGUGCUCUACCUAACUUAUACCUAUAUAGCAGUAAGUAAGUGUAAGUGUGAGUGUCCCCACACAAGUAUGGAUUUGGGAACACGGGAUCUAUUACCUGUUUAUUGGUCCCGAUUGUUCCCGUUUCAAGCCAUUUAUGAAUGGCUUAAUUACGGUCAAGAAGAAUUGUUUUCAAAACGAGAAUUCGUUUUUAAUUUUGGCAAGACUGGAGAUCGCUUUUUAAGAAAUUUAUCAUUUAAAGAUUAUGCAGAAUUAAAAGCAUACGUAAAGGUAACAAUCCCAAAUAAAAUUGACAUUGGUGCUGUGUAUUCAGAGCCCCCACAAAUAGGCAAAACUUCUAGAAAUCCUAUUCAAAAAGAAUUAAAUAUUGACAUUGAUAUCAAUAAUUAUGACGAUGUAAGAAUAUGUUGCUCAGGAGCAAAUAUAUGUCCAAAAUGCUGGAAAUAUGUAGUUGUAGCAAUAAAAAUUUUGGACACUGCUAUCAAAGAGGACUUUGGGUUUGAACAUAUAUUGUGGGUAUAUUCUGGCAGACGAGGAGUACAUGCCUGGAUUUGUGAUAAAAGAGCCAGAUCAUUACGACUGGAAGCAAGACUAAUGAUCUGCAAUUAUCUCCAGCUAGUGAAAGGUGGAGAUCAUAUUUCUAAAAAAGUUUAUUUGCGAGAAAAGCUACAUCCUUCUGAGAAGCGAGCUAUAGAUAUUAUUGAUAAAGUAUUUGUUGAAUUGUCUGUAAUAGAACAAAAUAUGCUAGGAACAGAUCGUAAUUUAGAAAAGUUUUUGACCUUAUUCAAUAAAGAACUACGUAGCCCUAUAAAAGAAUACCUUAUAAAAUAUCCAACAAGUUUAUUACGAUGGAAUGCUUUUGUAAAUAUUUUUAAUAAAAAUAAGAAAGUCAAGAUUAUACAAGAGUGGAUAAAUAGACCUUACUUAAUUGAAGAAAUUAAAAUACAGUAUGUCUAUCCAAGAAUAGAUUUACAAGUUACCCAUAGUUUGAGCCAUUUAUUAAAAAGUCCUUUUUCAAUACAUCCCAAAACUGGAAUCAUUGGAGUACCCAUUGAUUACACUAAAAUUGAUGAAUUUGAUCCAUUUUCUUUACCAACAGUUGCACAGCUAAUGGAUCAAAUUGAUUCAUAUUGUCAAACUGCAAAAGAAAUGAAAGUUGAUCUUGAAUUCUAUAAGUAUACUCAUGAUUUGGAAAAGACUGUUUUAGAAGAUAGUUAUACAGUAUUUUACAGAUUUAUACGUCGUUUAAUACGUGAUAGUAAUUAAGUGCCAUUUUUCUAGUUGAUGAAAAAGAAAAUAUUUGAUAAGAACGUUUUUGAAAAAACUUAUUUUUUUUAGUAAUAAAAUAAAUUUAUAAAAAGAAAAUGAAAAUAUUAUGAAAGAGAAGACUAACACAAGUCGCCAUUUAAUUGUCUGUGUAAUGUUUGUAUUUUCUACCAAUCCAGUUAUAAGAUUUGUGAUAAGAACUGUCACUAGAUUGCGUUUAUCAGAGCUGUUAAUGAUUAAUUAUAUAUUUUUAUAUGAAAAAAUUUUUAUAUAAAAUAAAUGUA